GAUCAUGUUCGAUUUGCUCUGGUGUCAAACUCAAUAUGUAAUCAUUAGGGCUAGCUGAAGAUGGCCUCGUAUUGGUGAGUUCGGCCAUUUUAUUGAUUUAUGAUGAACGAUGUGUGGGUUAACUUGAAGUGCACGGACAAAUUGGACAAGAAGGUGCGACAAUGUCGCAAAAUCCUGGAGUCUCUACAUGCCAUCACCACAAGACUAGCAACUUAACCCCAUAAUCUGUACACAAGGACUCCUAUAAACCUUCGAACUAUCUAGAUGUCAUCAUUUCCUGGUCCGCCACCAACUGCUGAUGCUUUGGAAAAGAAUCCAGAACUCAUCAAAAGUAUCGAUGAGAGAGUCUUCUAUGAUCAAAACUCCAAGAAGUGGCUUUUUGAACUCACUGAAGGCGAUACCACUAAUGAAUAUGAGUACAAUUUUGAUUCACAACAAUGGACGCUAAAGAUAUUACCCAAUAAGCGUUCUAGAGAUGAAGCAGCCAUAGAUGAGGAGGAGGAGCAGAACAAGCUAGAAUUGAAACGUCUCAAGAAAGAGAGGUCAAUGAGAAUUAAGGCCGAAAUAGCAAAGCUCAAGAGUGAAAGGUUGGAAAACUUGAAGAAAAAUACAGACUCCACAGCCGUCUAUGUUACCAACUUGCCAGAAGAUGUUACAGAAGAGGAACUAGCUACCACCUUCGGUAAGUAUGGCUUGUUAUCGGAGGAUUACAAUACUGGGAAAGCAAGAAUAAAAUUGCAAUACGAAGACGAAAAGUUUAAGAGAGAAGCAUUAAUUAUAUAUUUGAAUAAGGAGAGUGUUCCCCUUUCCAUAGAAAUGCUUGAUGAUUCAUUAUUAAGGCAGACCGACAAAGAAAGAAUACGAGUAGAAGCUGCUCAAUUUAAUUCAGAAAAACUGAAGGAAAAGAAACCAUUAUCGGAAGAAGAAAAGAAGCGCAUUAAACAAACUAAUGACAAGUUGAAAGCAAAAGUUACCAACUGGGAUGAAGAUCUUGAUGAAGCCUCGAAGCUUGAACGUUUUAAUGAAGCAAAACGUAAGAUCUUGGACAAAAUUGUUGUGAUCGAUCAAAUGUUCCGAGAAGACGAAUACAAUAAGGAUCCCAUGCUUGAAAUGGAUAUCAAAGAAGAUAUACAAGAGGAGUGUAACAAGUUGGGAAUAGGAAACGAUAUUACCAAAAUAUCCUUUGAAGAGAACGGUAGGGUAAAAAUAAAAUUCGGAAAGAUUGAGCUGAGUAGAAUUUGCAUAGAAAAGUUCAAUGGAAGAUAUUUUGAUGGGAUAAAAUUAGAAGUUCAUGUCGAAGGUUCUAAAUCAUAAAGUAGCACGUUGAAAUACUGUAACGGAGGUCAAAGCUUACUAAAUCGUAUUUUAUAGAUUUCCACUACUCGAUCAUGAGAAAAGUAUUAAUGGAGG